AGACGUUCAGAGUCAUUCCAACUCCAGACAAACGAGGCAAAAGUAUGGCGGACGCGCGGAUUAACAUUGAGCAAGUGAACGGUUUGGAGGACAAACAGUUUGAGAGUAUCUUCAGCAAUGUGAUAGAACUGUGCCCUGAUGCUGCAGUGCAAGCGAAGAAGAGCAAGCCAUUCGACAGUCUGUCAGCCGUCGCCAGAGCCUUCAACAAGUAUCUGGAUAACCUUAGCGUUGAAGGCAAGAUAACCAUUCUGAAGCUGCACCCGGACUUGGCGGGCAAGUUGGCCAGCGGCGAGCUGACACGGGAGUCUGCCAGCGAGCAGCGCAGUGCUGGACUGGACAAGUUGACCGAUGAGCAGAGGAACAUCAUCCAAACUGCUAACGAACGGUACAAAGCAAAAUUCGGCUUUCCCUUCAUAAUCUGCGCUAGAGAGAACAGAGUUCAAGCGAUAAUUGAUAAUCUUCGUAACAGAUACAAUAACACGAAAGAACAAGAAAUAAUCAAUGGCAUAAAUGAAGUUAAGAAAAUUUGCAAAUUACGUUUAAUGGGGAUUAUAAAAGACGAUUAGGUUACUUACUUACGAAUAGACAGAAAUUUACAAAACAUAACACGUAAACUGGGUCUAACAUUGGCAAUAAGGAACUUAAGGAAUGAUAUUGGCUAUGAUGUUUAUGGUAAUGUUUUAUAAGUAGUAAGUAGUGUUUAACAAGCUGAGUUAACAAGUAAAUAUUACUACUAAACAUGG